AUGGCUCAUUCUGUUGAACAAAAUGGCUCAGAAUCGAUGGGGAUGGAACACGGGGAUAAGUUGGAUGAAGAAACUGCGAGGAAGUGGGCUGAUAUAGAUAGGCUGCCUACUCAGAAACGGCUGAGAUCAUCUUUGUUUGAUGAGUUUGAUGGAAAUAAAGCUAAUGGAAAGAAGAAACAGGUUGUUGAUGUCACCAAGCUUGGUGCUUUGGAGAGGCAUAUGUUCAUUGAAAAGCUGAUUAAGCACAUUGAGUACGACAAUCGUCAGCUGUUGCAAAAGAUCAGGAAAAGGAUCGACAAAGUUGGCAUAGAACUGCCUUCUGUGGAAGUAAGAUACAAUGAUCUGCUUAUAGAAGCUGAAUGUGAAGUUGUUAGCGGGAAAGCUCUUCCGACUCUCUGGAACUCAUUCAAAAGUCUGCUUCUGGAUCUCACAAGGUUUACAGGAUUGAUGUCACAAGUAUCAAGGAUCAGCAUCAUUGAUGGUGUUAGUGGUAUAAUUAAACCUGGAAGAAUGACUCUGCUGCUUGGUCCUCCUGGAUGUGGGAAGACAACCCUAUUGAAGGCCCUCUCUGGAAAUCUUAGCAAAUCACUUGAGGUAUCUGGUGGUAUUACAUACAAUGGAUACAAAUUGACAGAAUUUGUGCCUCAGAAAACUUCGGCUUAUAUAAGUCAAGAUGACCUGCAUACAGCUGAAAUGACUGUCAGGGAAACACUUGAUUUCUCCCUACGCUGUCAAGGUGUUGGAAGCAGAGCAGAUAUUUUGACUGAGCUAAUUCGGCGAGAAAAAGAAGCUGGAAUUGUUCCUGAUCCAGAUGUUGAUUCAUACAUGAAGGGAAGUUCCAUUGAAGGUCAAAAAACAACACUUCAGACAGACUACAUUCUAAGAAUACUAGGACUUGAUACAUGUGCUGACACACUUGUUGGAGAUGCCAUGAGGAGAGGCAUCUCUGGUGGUGAGAAAAAGAGAUUGACAACAGGUGAAAUGAUUGUCGGACCAACAAGAGCAUUAUUCAUGGAUGAAAUAUCAAAUGGAUUGGAUAGUUCGACAACAUAUCAGAUAGUUACUUUCCUUCAGCAGUUAGCACAUCUCACAGAUGCUACCAUACUUGUCUCGCUUCUUCAACCUGCUCCGGAAACAUUUGAUCUCUUUGAUGAUAUCAUCUUGAUGGGAGACGGUAAGAUUGUCUAUCAUGGACCUCGAACCCAAGUGCUGGAAUUUUUUGAGAGCUGUGGAUUUAGGUGCCCGGAAAGAAAAGGAGUUGCAGAUUUCCUGCAGGAGGUUAUGUCAAGAAAGGAUCAAGCACAAUACUGGCAUGGUAGUGAAGAUACAUACAGUUAUGUACCGAUUGAUGCAUUAUCAAGAAGAUUUAGAGAAUCAUCUUAUGGAAAAAUGCUCAGCGAACAACUAUCUUCGCCCUUCGAGACGUCCAAGAGCCAUAAAGAUGCUAUUAGUUUUACUACCUAUUCACUUCCUAAGUGGGAACUUUUUAAAGCUUGUUUAUCAAGGGAGCUCCUGCUUAUGAACAGAAAUUCUUUCAUAUAUGUUUUUAAAUUUGUUCAGAUUUCCAUCAACGCAUCCAUAACAAUGACAUUGUUUUUGAGGACGAAGAUGAAAGUCGAUCUUCUUCAUGCGAACUAUUAUAUGGGGGCUCUCUUCUAUGCUAUUUCUAUUCUGGUUAUCAAUGGAUUUCCAGAGCUGUCUCUCACUGUUGCAAGGCUUGGAGUCUUUUAUAAACAAAGAGAUUUGUCCUUCUACCCCGGUUGGGCAUAUGCCAUUCCAUCUGCCAUUUUAAAAAUUCCACUCUCUUUGUUGGAAGCGGUAGUUUUCACCUGCUUGACUUAUUAUGUUAUUGGGUAUACGCCUGAGGUUGGAAGGUUCUUUGGCCACUUAGCUAUAUUGUUUGUUGUGCAUAUGGCAUCCGUAUCCAUGUACCGUUUUAUUGCCUCUGUUUGCCGAACUGUGAUUGCUGCCACAAUGGGUGGUAGCUUGGUCUUGUUAUACGCCUUUGUCUUCGUUGGCUUCAUCAUUCCACGAUCUGCUAUGCCAAAUUGGUUACAGUGGGGCUUUUGGGCUUGUCCAUUCUCAUAUGGUGAGAUUGCUGUUACAGUAAAUGAAUUUCUUGCCCCAAGAUGGAAGAAGAUGCUUCCAUCAAAUACCACAACUAUUGGACGAGAAACACUUGAUGCUCGAGGGUUAGACUUCAAUGAAAACAUGUUUUGGAUUUCUCUUGGUGCUUUGCUAGCCUUCACUUUGCUGUUCAACAUGGGAUUCACAUUGGCCUUAAAUUUGUUACAUCCUGUUCGUCCUCGCGCUAUCAUUUCAAGAGACAAAUUCUCUCUACUAAACAAAGGCAUUGAACUCGAAGAACACGCUGAUACGAAGUUGAGGACUUCAUCUCUUAGCCCUGGUACUUUUUUUGAACAUCUCUUUUUGUGUUAUUCUGAAGGAAACAUGGUCUUACCUUUCGAGCCCUUAACUGUAGUAUUUCAAGAUCUGCAGUAUUACGUUGAUACACCAGUGGCUAUGAAAGAUCAUGGCGUCACCCAGAAAAAGCUACAACUUCUUCAUGAUAUUACGGGCACAUUUAGGCCCGGAGUUCUUACUGCACUUAUGGGUGUUAGUGGAGCUGGAAAAACAACUCUUUUUGAUGUCAUUGCUGGCAGGAAAACAAGUGGUACUGUUGAAGGAGAAAUAAAAAUUGGUGGGUUUCCAAAGGUUCAAAAUACGUUUGCUCGAAUCUCAGGUUAUUGCGAGCAAACCGACAUACACUCUCCACAAAUUACUGUAGAAGAAUCAGUCAUCUUCUCAGCUUGGCUACGCCUUCAUCCAGAUAUUGAUUCAAAAACUAGAUCUGAGUUUGUGGAGGAAGUACUUGAGACCAUCGAACUUGAUGGAAUCAAAGAUGCCUUAGUUGGCAUUCCAGGAGUUACCGGGUUGUCCACUGAGCAACGCAAGCGGCUCACAAUCGCUGUGGAAUUGGUAGCCAAUCCCUCCAUUAUCUUCUUGGAUGAACCCACAACGGGAUUAGAUGCAAGAGCAGCGGCUAUAGUCAUGCGCGCUGUAAAGAAUGUCGCUGCUACCGGGAGGACAAUCGUUUGUACUAUCCAUCAGCCGAGCAUCGACAUAUUUGAAGCAUUUGACGAGUUACUUCUACUGAAAACAGGCGGGCGCAUGAUCUAUUGCGGACCAUUGGGUCAGCACUCUAGCGAAGUCAUUAAAUACUUUCAGGGAAUCACUGGUGUGCGGAAGAUAAGGAAAAAUUAUAAUCCUGCAACAUGGAUGUUAGAGAUCACUUCCACAUCUUCGGAAGCUGAUCUCCGUGUAGAUUUCGCUGACAUCUACAGGAAUUCUUCCUUAUAUGAGAAUAACAAAGCCCUUGUAGAGAGGCUUAGCUCCCCACCUGAUGGUGCUAAACCUUUGGAGUUUCCGUCUCAAUUUGCACAAGAUGGUUGGGGACAGUUCAAAGCCUGUCUUUGGAAGCAACACUUGUCUUACUGGAGAAGCCCUUCUUACAACCUGAUGCGCUAUGCAUUCCUCAUCAUCACGUCUUUGGUCUUAGGAGUAUUAUUCUGGAAGAAAGGGCAGGAAAUAGAAAAUCAGCAGAAUUUAUUCAACAUACUCGGCGCAAUGUUCACCGCAGCAUUGUUCCUUGGUUUCAAUAAUUCGUCUUCUGUUCUGCCAUAUGUCAGCACAGAACGAUCAGUCCUGUAUAGAGAAAAAUUUGCAGGAAUGUAUUCCCCUUGGGCUUAUGCCCUCGCACAGGUUGCAAUUGAGAUUCCUUAUAUCUUCGUCCAAGUAGUGAUAUUUUCAGUAAUAACAUAUCCAAUGAUCGGAUUUUAUGGGUCAGCUUAUAAAGUUUUCUGGUACAUGUACUCAAUGUUUUGCACAUUGCUGUACUACAAUUAUCUCGGCAUGAUGAUGAUCGCGAUGACACCAAGCUUCCCCGUGGCUGCGAUUCUGCUAUCAACUUUCUACAAUGUGUUUAAUCUUUUUGCUGGAUUUCUGAUUCCUCAGCCACAAAUCCCGAAAUGGUGGAUAUGGUUAUACUACCUGAACCCUACAUCUUGGACCAUGAAUGCACUGUUUACUUCCCAGUAUGGAGACAUUCAGAAACCUUUGUUGGCCUUUGGGAAGAAAAGCACGGUGGCAGAGUUCAUGGGUGACUAUUUUGAUUUUCAUCACCAUAAGCUCCCAAUUGUGGCUGUCAUGCUAAUUGUGUACCCAACCGUUUUUGCUUCUCUCUUCUUGUUUUUCAUUUCUAAGUUAAACUUCCAAAAGCGAUGA